UUCGAAGCUUCUCUGUAUACUCAAAACCCGUGCAAACCCUUCCAAACAUGAGCGUCAGAGCCACAGCAAACAGCGAGCUGUUUGACGAUUACAUCCGCCGCACCAAACAGGAGCACGGUUACACUCCCUUUGAGUACUGGGAACCCCCAAAGAAGCUUCCAGCCCGUGCGGUGAGAAGGUUGGACAGCAAAGAGUUCCUCAACAGGCUGAGCGAGUCGCAGAGGCGGGUCUCUCUGAGCGAGCCCGGAGUCCACCGCCGCUCGCAGCCGAGGCCCAACACGCCGCAGCGUCGCCAGAUGAGCGAGAUGAGGGAGGCCAGGAUGCAGAGGCAGCGGCGGCAGCGCCUUCAGCAGCUGGAGCAGCAGCAGUUGAAGCGGGAACAACAGCUUGAGCUCGAGCAGAUGCAGCACUUGCAGCAACAGCAAAACCUUCGGCGCAAGAGUUCGGCUGCAGGUCAAUCCCAGCGGCGCAAGAGUUCGUCUGCAGGUGAACACCACCGGCGCAAGAGCUCGGCUGCGGGGUGUUCCAGCCGCGACUCCGCCGUGGUCCUCGACCCCGUGGAAGAAAUCGCCUACGAGCCCGUGUGGCAGCAGUGGCCGUCUUCCAUCCCGCCGACCUACCAGGACGCGGUGAGGAUAAGGCGCGGCGCAGACUUGUCGUCUAUCCCGGCAAGCGUCAUGGACGAGAAGAGGCUGUUGGCCGCUGCUGCUGAGUCGGUGCGGUCCGUUGAAGAGCACCCAGCCUUGAGAGCUGGUAGUGCCGAUAGCUUCGAGGAACAUCCCGCUCUCAGGGGUGGUGGUUCCGAGGGAAUCGUUUCGGAUGACGCCCAUAAUGCAGCCAGGGGCUCAUGGUUUCGUCGUGACCAGCCGUCCGGCGAGGAAGAUCCAGCCAAGAAGGGCUUCAGAGCAUGGAGGAAGCGCACCUGGGCGCUCAUCGCCGCGCUGGUGCUCAUUGUGCUCAUCAUCGUUAUCGUAGUUCCUGUUGUUGUUACGACGGAGCAACGCAGGAACAGAUAUCCGGACUAUUUCAAGAUCAACUACACCCUCACAGAAACCUACUCAGGAGCAAACUUCUUUGACAAGUUCAGCUACUAUAGCGGAGACGAUCCAACCCACGGCUUCGUAAAAUACGUGACGCGCGAGCAGGCCCAGAUGUACAACCUCACCUCUGCUUCCAGUACAUCCGCCAUCCUGCGCGUCGACGACACGUCAAGUCCCUACACCUUCCCCGACGUCUCCGAGGGCCGCAUGUCGGUCCGCGUCGAGUCGAAGCGGCAGUACGACCGCGGGCUCUUCAUAUUUGACGUCAAGCACACGCCGUACGGCUGCGGCACAUGGCCGGCGCUGUGGCUGGCGGGCCUGGCCAAGUGGCCGCGCGACGGCGAGAUUGACGUCAUGGAGGCCGUGAACCGCGCCACCGACGGCAACCUGCAGUCGCUGCACACGUCGAGCGGCUGCUCCAUGGAGGGUGUCAAGCGCAUCAUGACGGGCGCCCCCGCCAAGGCCGACUGCUACAGCGGCGGCGAGGACAACACCGGCUGCAACGUCCGCGGCGACGUCAACGAUACCUUUGGGUCCGGGUUCAACAAGGCCGGCGGUGGCCUCCUCGCCGUUGAACUGCGCGACGAGGGCAUCAGGACCUGGCAGUUCCCCAGGUCCAAGGUGCCGGCUGACGUCGAGGUUGGCACCCCCGAUCCCAGCGGCUGGGGUCCCGCUAUGGCGGACUUCCCCAGCACGGAGUGCGACAUUGGGAACCAUUUCAGGAACCAGAGUAUUAUUCUCAACAUUUCGCUGUGUGGUGACUGGGGUGACAAGGCAUAUGCGGGUUCUGGUUGUCCGAUGAACUGUGUUGAUUAUGUCACAAGGACCCCAUCUGCUUUCACAGAUGCGUUUUGGGAGUUUGGUGCUUUUAGGGUUUAUGAGCCCAUGAAGAAGUAAUAUAGAGACUGUGAAAAGGGGGA